AUUCCGUCUCAUAUGGAUUUCCUUUCACUUUUUCACUUCUUCACUAUUUCCACAACCUCCACCAUUUGUAGCUGCCACUUCCACAGAACCAUCCUCAUAUAUGAUACACCAAACACUCACACACACAACUUCUUUAACUACGUCUCAACGACUCCUCCCAUGGCAGAAAUGCAGAUACAGCAUCAAGAAGACCACAACCAUAUCCCUAAUAACCCUAAUAACCCUAACCCUAAUCCAAACCCUACCCAUUACACACACUACCGUUUCCCUGGCAAAGUUCCUCACCAUCAACGCCACCACAUGGACAAAGCUACACCUUCACGCUUCAAACCCAACGCACCCAAACGUGAACACUGCAUCUGCAUCACCGUUUUCCUCCUCUUACUUGGCAUCAUACUCCUCAUCCUAUGGCUCGCCUACCACCCUACCAAGCCGCGUUUCACGGUGGCCAGCGCCGCCGUCUACGGCCUCAACGCCACAACGCCGCCACUCAUAUCCAUCUCCUUGCAAUUCAACGUCGUCAUAAGGAACCCUAACAGGCGUGUCUCCAUUUACUUCGACAGGCUCUCGGCCUACGUUUCCUACCGAAACCAACCCAUCACGCCGCAUGUCAUGCUUCCACCGCUCUUCCUGGACAAGCACAGCGCCGUGUCACUGUCGCCGGAGAUCGGAGGCGUGCCGGUGCCCGUGUCGGUGGAGGUGACGAAUGGAUUGGUGAUGGACGAGAGUUAUGGAGUGGUGGAUGUGAAACUUGUGUUGUAUGGAAGGUUGAGGUGGAAAGCUGGUGAAAUAAACUCAGCACAUUAUGGAUUGUAUGUGAAAUGUGAUGUGUUGAUGGGUCUGAAGAAAGGUAUUGUGGGUCAGGUUCCUCUUCUUGGAUCUCCGGUUUGCGACGUGAACACAUGAAUACUAUGUUCUGUUCCACAUUUGACGCGAUUCUUCGAUUUCUAACAUGUUUGAAAACAUGCUGGAAAAGUGACAUAUAUGUCUGAUUAAUAAAGUACAAUGUGUGCAUGCAUGUAUCUUAGUGAUCCUAUUCUUACUACAUUUUAAUAUUUUUCUGUCAAAAACCAGCAAAUAGGUAUAGAAGUUGGAUUUUGUAUCUGGGGGACUUAUGUUUUGUGUUUGAGUGAUAUGUAAUAGAACGUAGAGAUUUGAUUGUUUAAAGUCGCAUUAUUGUACAAUGUUUAUGUUAUGGAUGUAGAAAGAUUUAUAAAAUAUAGAAUCAUAAAUAUUAUGAAUUAAAUGCAUGGCAUGGUUUUUUGGAUUUUGGAUUGAAUAGUGGCACAGAGGAAUCAAAAUUGGACGAGUGAGAUUUGAUGCAACAGAAGUAGCAAGUUGUCAUGUAUUGUCUUUAU